GGCGCUCUUGGGUUGCUUGUCGAGAAUGGCGGCGCUGGUUGUGUGCGGGUUUGCCAGAAGAGGCUGGCUGUGGAAGCUCCCCUUGGCUACACGUAGAGAAUUUUGGUCUCGAUCCAGGAAGGAGAAGGAGCCAGUGGUGGCUGAGACAGUGGAAGAAGUGAAAAAAGAACCUGUUUUGGUGUGUCCGCCCUUACGAAGUCGAGCGUACACACCACCCAGUGAUCUCCAGAGUCGCUUGGAAUCUCAUAUUAAAGAAGUUCUUGGUUCAUCUCUUCCUAAUAAUUGGCAAGAUAUCUCCCUGGAUGAUGGACAUAUGAAGUUCAGACUCUUAGCAUACUUAGCUGAUGACUUAGGCCAUGCGGUACCUAACUCCAGGCUUCACCAAAUGUGCAGGGUCAGAGAUGUUCUUGAUUUCUAUAAUGUUCCUGUUCAAGACAAAUCUAAAUUUGAUGAACUCGUUGCUAGUAAUUUACCUCCCAAUUUGAAAAUCAGUUGGAGUUACUGAGCAGUCUGUUCAGAGAACACAUUGGGGUCAUUCUUAUUCUCACUAGCGUGACUGAUUUUGUGAGAUGAUACCUAUCAGAACUUUUCUCAAAACUUCUUUUUUGUACACUUUUUUUCUCUUUGUAGAAGAGAACAUCCCCCUCCCCCAAGAAGAAUCAACAAAGAGAACAUUUUCACAUUUGCUAAAGCUAUUUUUCCCCAAUAAAAUCAAGUCUUGAUAAUUUAUGAAACCGUUCUUAUUCCAAGGUAUAUAGUCAGGAUUGUUGAGAGGAACAGAAAUAUGAAAUAUGAAAACAUAUUUAAAGGGGGUUAAUUAUGUUAGCUCACAUUAGGAUCUGGGUAGUUCAUCAAUGGCUGUUUCACACCAGAGAGUCCGAGUUGCACCCUUCACAAGGCUGACUGUCUCAACAGUACCAAGCUGUUGCCGAGGGCCUGGGGGGUUCUUUGAAGAGCCUACUGAUCGUCAGUUCAUGUGGCCACCUGAAGAAGCUGGUUCUAAUAUGGACGAAGAGAUGCAGCAGUGGCAGGAACAAGAUGGAUGUACUUGUCAGUAGAGUGAAGGCAGGCAGGCAGAAAAUCAGACCUUCCCUCUGCAUGGGUUCUGCCCACAUUUACUGUGCACUUCCCUCUUGAGAGAUAAUCUGAUUAAGAAAAUCUCUUAGUGGAGUGGCCAGCUGCUUGUCUUUUAGUUGACUCCAGAUCAGUCAGUGACAACCAAGAUGAACCAUCACGCGAAAAUACUAAGUGACUCAGGUUUCAGAUAAGAGGCCAUUGCAGGUUCAGAUGUUUUCUUUGCCUGUCAUACGGCUAAAGUAGUAGUUUCAAUAAAAAGUUCUAAUCUUAUUAAGGCUCAAAGAUAUGGGGCUAUUAUGCAUACAUACAUACAUACAUACAUACAUACAUACAUACAUGUAUACAAAUAAAAUGUAUAGUGAGAAUU